GUAGCGUUCGGUAAUUCAUGGAUUUCGCAUGAGAACUGUAAAGUGAGAAAAAAAAAGACAUAUAGCCUUGGAGACAUAACCGACAUAACGUGCGUGUCGGUGUGGGAUCUAAACGGACUUCGCGGUCUAGAAGAGACAGAACAUCUUUGAUCUGUUGGGACACCAGACAGUUGCUGAUUUUGUAUUAAUUUACGAGACAUAUCGAGAAAAGGCAAAACUUCUCAAUUUUUGAAGAGUGGUUUCAACUCUUUAAACCAUUUAUAAGAAAAUAUGGAGAGUUCAGAAGAGCCGACCAGUUUGCAGUCUAUAUGUCAUUUACAUGCUUCAGAGUUAUUUCCUAUGCACACGCAUUUUGAAUGCGAGGAUGAAACAUUGACCAUUCCGUUUACACCAUUGAGCGGGGAAUCGGUUGUGGCAUUGGGACGGACAACAGACGGUGUCUUGGCACUUUCAAAUUACAGGUUUUAUCUACAAUUAAGUCAAACGUGUUACAACAUACCUCUAGGUCUCAUUGAGCAAUUGGAGGUUAAAGAGAUAUUCUAUUUGCACAUUGGUUGCAAGGACGCACGUUCUUUAAGUUGUGCAUUUACUACAAAUGAGCACUGUUUGGAAUGGUUUAAACGAUUGCACAAAGUGACCUACCCACGAAAAAGUAUAGAGGAUAUAUUUGCGUUUGCGUACUAUGCUUGGUCUAUGGAAGAAGGCAAGGAUUACCCCAGGCUCGGGAAAGACAAUAGUUCUUAUAUUAUCACAUUUAAUUCAGAGGUCGAACGAUUAAAAUUUAAUUUGCAUGGUACAUGGCGCAUAAGUCAAAUAAAUAAGGAUUAUCGGAUGUGCCCAUCUUAUCCGCCAGAACUUCUAGUUCCUGCUUGCAUUUCUGACGAAACUCUUGAAUUUGUUGCCAAAUUUCGCAGUUCCCGACGAAUUCCAGCGAUUGUCUGGAGACAUGUGAAUAACGGCGCCGUAAUAGCUCGCAGUAGUCAGCCAGAAGUUGGUUGGCUUGGUUGGAGAAGUUCCGAAGACGAGGAUCUUCUGAAAGCCCUUGCGGAUGCGUGCAGCUAUGAUAAAGGUGAAUCUACUAUCGUAGAUUCGCCUAUUACAUAUUCCGACCCUGGCGACGAUACGGCAAAUGCUGCCAAAAAAAAAGUUUUAAUUGUCGAUGCCAGAUCAUACACAACUGCCGUAGCGAAUCGGGCACGCGGCGGCGGUUGCGAGUGUCCCGAAUAUUAUCCGAGUUGUGACAUACAAUUUAUGAAUUUACCUAAUAUUCAUUCAAUACGGAAGAGCUUCCAUGCUGUACGACAGCUUUGUGCAUCGGACGCAGAUCAACCAAAUUGGUUAAGUUUGCUGGAAGGAACACGAUGGUUGCAGCAUAUGUCAGGUUUAUUGCGAGCGGCGGUUACCGUAGCCUCCGCGAUCGAGAGGGACGGUCGACCAGUAUUAGUGCAUUGUAGUGAUGGCUGGGAUAGAACUCCUCAAAUUGUUGCGUUAGCCCAGAUACUGCUCGAUCCAUAUUAUCGUACUAUGGAGGGAUUUCAAAUUUUAGUCGAAAGAGAGUGGUUAGACUUUGGACAUAAAUUUGCAGAUCGAUGUGGUCAAACGAUUGGUUGCGACGAUCCUAACGAGCGUUGUCCAGUAUUUAUUCAAUGGCUUGACUGUGUCCAUCAGUUAAUUCUGCAAUUUCAAUGUAGUUUUCAAAUGUCGUCAGCGUACCUAGUGAAAUUAGCUCAACAUACGUACUCGCAAUUGUUUGGUACAUUCCUGUGUAAUACAAGGCAGGAGAGGCUACAGUUGAGAAUACGCGAACGUACAUUUUCAGUUUGGCGUUUCCUCAACUCGACUGCGUUUGCGAAUCAUCUAUAUUCGCCGUUAAAGAAUCAAGUAUUAUGGCCGAGUUGUAAUGUACGCGAUCUUGUUCUGUGGUCUGAAGUAUAUCUAGGCUCCAUGGAAUCGUCGCUUGGCAUGAGAGAUGACAAACAAAGAGUGACACUGAUAGAUAUCGAAGGUGGUGAGAGUGAAGAACCUCAGGGACAAAUGACAAAAACGAGGUCAUAUGGUGAUCUUAUGCAUGCUCCUGAUCACGCAGUUUAUCUACAUAGAAGGCGUAGCGACCCCAGUAUUUCUAUGGAGAAGAAAUUUGAUUCUUUAGCACUUGAAACUGGGACAGAAAAGAGCAUGAGAAACAUGGAUGAUAGCAAGAACCAAGUCACGAGCGAAAAUUUAUCAGAGACUGAAACGAGGACAAAAAGAAAUAUUAAUAAAAAAUUCAGCGAUUCGCCCGCCAAUCCUUCGGUAGAUAGUUCCACUGAUACCUUGAUACCUAAUAACGAUUCUGUUGGUCUGCUGGUAAAUGGGCAGAAGGAAGUGCUACAAACAAUUUCGACGCGCGAUAUUGUUUCACCGUGGAUUGAAACCAGCACUACUAGCGCACAGGUUGUUUGUUCAUCAUGUAAUCGCAAUCACAAUGAAGGUAGCGACGUGAGCGAAACUAGUGCUCCAUUGAUAUCAAGAACUCCAAGUAGCAUAUGUCCAGCUUCUCCAACGCAUCAAGAUAUUAUGCUAGACAACCCUGAUUGGCUAGAUGAUGUUGAUGGUCUUCCUGUCAUAUGUUGUGAUGUUCAAAUGCGAGUACAACAGAUUAUUGUAGAGCAUAAGCUCAAGGAAGAAGCCUUGAGAAAAGAAUUACACACGACAAGAUUGGCACUAAUCAAGCAAGUUUGCAAUCAUAACGCGGAUACUGAUCGUAUUGAUGAUAUCGGCUCAUUACCGGACUCAGUGGGUAGCGCCGGUGAACAUGGGGAAUCACUACCAUCAGACAUGUCUUGGGAAGCUGUGGAGGAAUCAGGUUGUUCUGCACCUACCUUAUGGGUGCCCGAUCAUGCCGUGACUCGAUGCAUGGGAUGUAAUACGGAGUUUUGGCUCGGUAGACGUAAGCAUCACUGCAGAUGCUGUGGUAAGAUUUUUUGUGCUGAUUGCUCGGAGAAUUCUACACCAUUGCCUAACGAGCAGCUCUAUAAUCCUGUUAGAGUAUGUAUUGACUGUUACGCACGGCUGCGGGGUCAUCAUACAAUUUCUUGCCAGUGCACCGCCCGACAUCAAAAUGUCAAAGUGGAGAAUGAGACGGAAUCUUUUGAGACAGCGACUCCGCAACAACCAGUGGUAUGUCAAAGGCCGAGGAAGUUGCUACCCACUACGACAAAAGAUUCCUGUUACGACAAUUUGCUACAGGCGACGCAUCAGAAAACGCAACCAUCUGUCGCGGCGGCCACAGUAAACUAAAGAAGCAAAAUGCACGAGCAGAGUCGAGACAAAUAAUUCGAAGAAAUGCGAUUAAUCCGUAUAAUGCACUUGUCGUAUUUAUAAUUUAUAUUACAUAUAUAUAUGGCAUGUGGACUAACGCAUCUAGAUUCUAAACAAUUUAAUAUAUUUAUUGUUAGAUUAAUAAUUUGUACGAACAAGUGUAUAGCUGGUACGGAAACGACAAAGAGCCAAUAUACAAGAUUGUAUAUCUUAAAAGUAACUCGAAAUUAAUAGAUUCCCAGAGACUAAAGUUCUAUUUCUUUUGUAAGAAAUAGAAUGGGAAUUCUCCGAGGUUACAUAGGUGACUCUGUGUUCAACACGAUGAGAGUGUGAUGAGUGGUAAAAAGUCUCGGAUAGGCUGUGAUCGACAUCUUUAACUUUGUAGACGAUUACACUAUGAAGGCGAAGCGCUAAUUGUCAAUUGGUCACGAAGCGAGCAGUUAUUUGGUAACUAAAGCAAUUCGGAUCGAGCGAAAUGAAUGAAACUGUAUUUCUUAUAUUGAACGUUGAUGUAUGAGAAUUGGGAUAUUAAAUGUCAUUAUCUCAUCGCACGCGUCUAUAUCGAUAAGAUUUUCUUUUUCUUUUUUUACACACGCAACCAAUUUUAUCCUAUAUCAAUCCUUUUUUAUAAAUGUUGUUUAUGUGUGGAAAAAAGACAAUAGCAUUGUAUUUAUUUCUUCUUUAUGUUAUACUCAAUUAAGGAAUUGAUUCACAUUAAGUGUGUUACAUGUAAUUUGCAUAUUCCAUUAAUAUACUAUUUUAACUU